GUUGGUCCAACUGCAAAUGUGAGACUUUUGACGUGCCGCUCCGGGCGAUCGAACGCGUCGACCUGUUAUUAUUUUGGAGGCUCCUUCUUCGGCCGGAUUAAUCGAUCGAUUCAUGUUCAGUUCCUCAGGAUGGGAUCUCAGUGCAUGGGUUUCGCAGUCCUGCUGCUCUCGCUUCUGCUCGUCUCACCGGCUUCUCUCUCGUAUGCCAAGGACACCCUCGAACUAGACGGGUACAUCGAAGACGGCGAGACGCUGAUCUCCGCCGGCGAGAUCUUCGAGCUUGGCUUCUUCAGCCCCGGCAGCUCCAAGUACCGGUACAUCGGGAUUUGGUACUACAACUUCUCCACCGACACCGUCCUCUGGGUGGCCAACCGCGAGGCGCCCGUUCACGACACCUCAGGCCGCCUUGCCGUCGGCGGCGACGGCAACCUCGUGGUCCUGAACGGCAGCCGGAGCGUCUUGUGGUCCUCGAACGUGUCCUUGUCGUCGAACGCGUCGACGGUGCAGCUGCAGGACGAUGGCAACCUCGUGCUCAACAACACCGGCCGCGUCGCAUGGCAGAGCUUCGAGAACCCCACCGACACGUACCUGCCCGGCAUGAAGGUCGGCCUCGACCUCACCACCAACGUGAACCAGUACAUCACGUCGUGGAAGAGCAGCGACGACCCGGCGCCGGGGAACUACUCCAUGGGCGUCGACCCCAACCGGUCGACUCAGAUCUUCGUGUGGGAGGGGACGAAGCCGCGGUGGAGGUCCGGGCGGUGGAACGGGCAGGUCUUCAUCGGGAUCCAGAACAUGGUGCCCACCUACAUCUACGGGUUCAAGCUGAGCAACUUCGAGCUGGAGAAGAAGAUGUACUUCUACUACAACGCCUUCAACAGCUCGCACCGCUACGUGCUCACAUGGGAGGGGAUCGAAAAGCAUUUGACAUGGAAGGACGACACCAAGUUCUGGUCUACGUUCUGGGCGCAACCCAUCACGGACUGCGAGCUCUACAACAAAUGCGGCAACUACGGGAGCUGCACCGACGAGAACACCCCGAUAUGCUCUUGCUUAAAGGGAUACGUGCCGGCGGUGGAGGCGGAGUGGAGCAGCGGGAACUGGACCAGUGGGUGCGUGAGGAGAACGCCAUUGCAGUGCGAGAGGAACAGCAGCGGCGGAGCUGGGAGCGUACAGACCGACGGGUUCUGGAAGAUGGAAGGGGUGAAGCUGCCGGACUUGUCGGACUGGGCCUCGGGCGUCGUCGACGAAGACGGAUGCCGAGACGCGUGCUUGGGUAAUUGCUCUUGCCGAGCCUACGCGUACGUGACCGGGAUCGGAUGCCUGGUGUGGGGUGUGGAUUUGGUUGACAUACACAUCUUUUCCAGCGGCGGCAAUGACAUGUACCUCCGCCUUGCUGCGUCGGAGAUCCAGACCAAGAAGAAGAAGAGCUUCGUGAUACUCAUAGUUGUUUUAGCAGUGGUCUUAUCACUGGGAUGCAUCUACCUGUUCUUCAAGUGCAAGAAAAGAAUCAGAGGUACAGCUCGUGAUGCGUUCUAUCGACGGAGAGGAGGCGGAGGAAUCGUGUCGGUCGAUCCCAACAGAGAUAGAGAUCGAGCAGAAGGUGGAGUGUCGUUUCCAAUUCCAGAUGAAUCGAAGGACCAAAAAUGCCAAGAGCUGCCUCUGUUUAGUUUCGAUUCGAUCGUUGCUUCCACAUCCAACUUUGCACUCGCCAAUCUGCUCGGUGAAGGUGGAUUCGGUCCUGUUUACAAGGGUACGCUACCUGGAGGCCAAGAAGUAGCUCUAAAGAGACUGUCAAGGAGCUCGGGACAAGGCGAGACCGAAUUCAAGAAUGAGGUCAUCCUAAUGGCAAAGCUACAACACAGGAACCUCGUGAGGCUCUUGGGUUGUUGCAUUCAUGGAGAAGAGAGGAUACUCGUCUACGAAUACAUGCCCAAUAGAAGCUUGAAUGCCUUCCUUUUUGAUCCGAGAAAGAAGGGAUUGCUGGAGUGGAAGACGAGGUACGACAUCAUCGAAGGGAUCGCCCGAGGCCUCCUCUACCUUCACAGGGACUCGAGACUACGGAUCAUACACCGGGAUCUGAAGGCCAGCAACAUAUUGCUGGACAAGGACAUGAAUCCCAAGAUCUCAGAUUUCGGCAUGGCGAGGAUCUUCGGCAGUGACGACAACGAAACGAACACGAAAAGGGUGGUGGGAACAUAUGGCUAUAUGUCUCCAGAGUACGCAAUGCAAGGAGUCUUCUCUGUGAAAUCCGACGUUUAUAGCUUCGGCGUGCUGCUUCUAGAGAUUGUGAGCGGACGAAAGAACAGCAGUUUCGCGCAUCAAGACUCGUCACUUAACCUCCUAGGCAGCGCAUGGAAGCUGUGGAACGAGGACAACGUGAUGGAGUUUGUGGAUCCGGCGAUAAGGGAUUCAUGCUCAGCGAGGCAGGCAUCGAGGUGCGUCAACGUGGGGCUCUUGUGCGUGCAGGACCGGCCAAAUGAUCGACCGACGAUGUCGUCGGUAGUAAUAAUGUUGGAGGGUGGGACUGCUGCUUAUCCACAGCCGAAACAGCCCACGUUUUCAGCAGAAAGGAGCCCCAGCGAUACAGAGUCAUCCACGUUUGGUCUCAGAGUUGCUUCCGCCAGUAACUCCAUCACUUUGCUCACUGCAAGAUAGAAUUUUAUCCCCUUCGUUGGAGUAAUUCCAUCAUCACUUCGAUUACUGGAUGAUAGAAUUUGAACCCUAUCAUUCGAAUCAGAAAAUUUAUGUCGAGAUACAUUCGACAGCAGAGUGUUUUUGGAGCUUUCGAUUUGUUCUAAUAUUUCAGUGAAGUAGGAGGCUUGAAUCA